AUGGCGUCGUCCGAGGUGGACCAGAAGUUCUUGGGGAGGUUAGCAAGAGCCGUCGAGCACGACAAUCCCCUGUUGUCCUCGAUGCUCUUCAAGAUUCUCGGGCUUUCGCUGAACCUCGCCGAGCAACUCGUCGCCGCCAAGAAGCAACGUCGCCCUGACCCUGCCGCAUCUCCUCACUUCCUGAAGCGCGUGCUGCAUAUCAUAUGGCUCGCUCGCGAGGGCCUCGUCAUGCUCCAGCAAUACGUCAUCCCCAUGGUGGGAAACUACGUCGAGCUCAAGGUCUUGGCCUACAAGCUCCGUGCCAGCUUCCACCACAUAUUUGUCCUAUUUCACAACCACCCCUCUGUGUCCAGCAUGGCAAGCUGGACCCCAGAGCUGAUGCAGGUCGCAGCAGAGAUGGUGGCCAAGUCGGACAGAAAGAAGGACUUCGAGUCUCCCAGCGAUGAUCCGGUGUCGAGGUCAUCAUCAGUGCAGCCUACGCAUCCGCUCGAGGGCGGUCCCGUCGGUCCGCCGCCCGGCUUCGAGGUGCACGUGGCGCUGCUUCCGCCGUCAUUCCUCAUGCCCGCCCAAGAUUAUCUUCCGACCGCCCACGAAUACUUCAAGGAAGCCGCUCGUCUGGCCGACCAACUUCUGUGGGGCUCUCACUCACUGCGACUAUCCGUUAAGACCGAGUAUGCCGCGUUCCUGUUCGACUGCGUCCACGAUGCCGACGCCAGUCGCAAGCUGGCCAAGGACACCAUAGCAGAGGUCUACGACGCCACCGAGGGCAUGGACGACGACAUGUUCAGCGACGCCUGCGAGCUCGUCACCGUCUUGGGCAAGAUGAUGAAGCGUGGACUGGGGUCCAACGGCACGAUCCGCAGCAAAGGCCUAGAGGCCCCAAAGCAGCCAGUCGGACUCCAAAUAACGCCUCCUGUGGGCAUGGAGAACCCCAUAUGA